GAAACAUGGUAAUUUUCACACCUGUUAUUUUCUUUUGAUCACAGAAUACACGUUUACCGUCUAAAUGUAUCUUGUUUUAUUGUAAAAUAUCCCCGCUUUCAAAUCUAUAGAGAUGAUCACAUAGGAAAAAAGCAAGGGGCAUCAAAAUUUUCAACCAUGAUGCAGUCAGAUCAACAGCUCAUCACAUAGCUAUACAUUUGUGACUGUCUGUCACUGUCUUGAAUCCUGUACAUCAUACUUCAUGUGGAGAGUAAUGUGUUUUAGUGCAGUAAGGUCAGACUAUGAGGCUUUUAUUUCUGUGUCACAAUGUAUAUGUUAAGUAUGCAUUCGAAUAAGUCGAAACAAACAUUGUUUCUAUAAGCAUGUUCUUUAUGCAGCAUUGUGAACUGAUUAUGCAUAAUUUUUGCGGAAGAAAUGUGUUCAAGUUUUGAAAAUGAAUUGAAAGAGUUAACACUCCUGUUGUGUGCACAUUCCAAAUGAUAAUGGACUGAGAAUCUAUGUGCGUCAUCAACUUCAUCACAUUCCAUAUAGUGACAUUCCUUUUUUAUUGAAUAUAUCUAUUUUUACAUAAUUUUAGGUGAUUUUUACUUUCAUUAACAUUCCACUGCUCACAUUUUUAGUCACCAUGACAGAUUUAUUUAAUCAGUUUGGUGGAGCUCUUUCUGACUUUAAGAUGAGAAAUAUAGACUCAGCUGGUUUGCAUGAAAUCAUUGGAGAAUUUGCACCAUUGAUUGGAGUAGCAACUGAUGGCAUUGCUGCUGUAAACAAAAAGGUGGAAGAUAAUACAAGUGAAGAAAUUAAGGUGAAAACUGAAAUAAAACAAGAACCUGAUUGUGUCAAUGGAGAUGUCAAACCAGUUGUCAGUGCUGAUGCGGCUCUGGAUUUAUCUAUGAAACCAGAACCAUGUGAUCAGCCUCUGUUUAAAAUAGUAAAGGUUGAAAGCUUACAACAUUCAGUUAAACGUGAGCCAGAUGAUUCAUUGCUGAUAGAUCAUUCAGUGUACAAGAGAUCCCGACAUUCUUUUGAAAGUCAUAAAUUUGAAUCAAGAAAUUCUUGUAGUCCAGUUAAUUUGGUAAAUGAAACAACAAAUGUUGAAAGUCCCCAGUCAUCUGCCAAGUCAAAUAAAGAUUCUGACGAGGAAUCCUCCAAAGCUUGUAAACUUUUAUAUGAAAUAAAAUGUGUGAAUGAUCUGAAGUAUUACCAGUGUAAACUUUGUCCUAAAGUUUAUGAUACAAAGUAUCAUCUAAAUCGUCACCUGAUCAGUCAUGGUGGAAACAGACCUCAUUUAUGUAUACAAUGCGGAAAAUCCUUCUCACAGAAAUGUGACUUAAAUCGUCACAUGAAUGUUCAUAAUAACUUAAGAAAGCAUGCUUGCUCAGUUUGCGGCAAGACUUUCAAACGUGCCGACUACCUCUCUAAACACGAGCGCCAGUAUUGCGGAGUAUACAAACCUCAUAAAUGUACGAAGUGUUACAAAGGAUUUGAAGAAUUGGAACAGUUGCAAGAACACAGCUGUACUCAGCGAACUGAUGGGACAACAUUUACUUGCGAGCAUUGUUCUGAAAAGUUUGACAGUGUUGACAGUAUCGUUGAACACCGUAAAACUCACCAAACACAGCAGCAGGACUACCAGUGUACAAAAUGCAAGGAAGAGUUUACAGACUUCAGUAGUUAUGUAGAUCAUUUCAAGAAACACAGUGGUGAGCGGCCAUACUCUUGUGAUUUAUGUCAGAAAAUUUUUACACGGAACCAUAACCUCAUGACACAUAUGUGGAUACACAAUCAGGAGAAACAGCACACCUGUCCGAUAUGUGCAAAGACAUUUACUUAUUACAGUAAUUUACAGGUACAUCUGCGUGUUCAUCGUAACGAGCGUCCCUACAAAUGUAAUGAAUGUGACAAAGGUUUUCUAACGAGCAGUGACCUUCGUCGUCACAAACGCACCCACAGUGGCGAGAAACCCUACAAAUGUGAUCAGUGCCCUGCCGAGUAUGCACGUAAGGAACGCCUGAUUAGUCACAUGAUCACUCACAUGGAAGAAGGGGUCGAGGGUCGAGAUAUGACUGGAGAUGGUUUGUCUGGCAGUUUAACAGAAGACGUUUCGAAGGAUAGUUCUUGUCCAGAUGAAGAGGUUUCGAGGGAUAGUUCUAAAGGUGUCCGGGAAGGUGAGAUCUCGGAGGACAGCAGCAUGAUGGAGGAAGACUACUAUGCAGAGGAAGAAAUGGACAAAUAGAUGUUAUUUAGUAUAUUUGAGCACUGCUGUGUGAAAACUAAUGUUCGGACUUUCCGACCAUAUACGGUCUAUAUACUGGUAUACAGGAGCUGAAGCUUAUACAAAAAUAUAGCAAAGCCCUAAGGUUGGUUUUCACACAGUGGGGCUCAUUUAGUUAUGUUAAGUAAAUUUAUAUAAGUAACAGUUUCAUGUAUGUGAGCUGUCAUGAUAAAAGGGACCACUGGCUGAAUUCUUUUAAAUCUUGGCAUUUAUAUAUCUUAGUGUAUUAAAUUUUCUUUGGGAAUAUAAACUUUUCUUGUAUAUUUGGGGUAAAUUCAUUUCAAUCCACCUUACUAUUGUUGUUUAAUAAUGUGUUUCCUGCAUGCCUUUGUUAUGAUGAUAUCUUUUUAAGAACAGUAAACAAUAGAGUUGAGUAUAUUGCAUUUGAAUCCUUCGGCGUAGAAAAAAAACUGAAUAAAUUUAUUAAAGAUUUCAUGAAAAUUAAGCAUGUUAGAAUACCAGAAUCUUCUUUACUUUUUGAAUGAAGUACAUUGUAAACUUGCCAUUGACAGCCAAAUUGAUGUUGCCAAAAUGUUAGAUUUUAAGAUACUCCUCAUCCAUUUGAGAUGGUAAUACCUAUGUGCCACAAGAGAAACAUUGUCCUCUCUAUGAUUAGAAGUGGUUAGAUUUUUGUUUCAUGAAAACCCUGCCGGGUACUCAUUUAAAAUCCUGACAGAUCCAUUAAAUUUAGAACAUACAGAAACUCUCAAAUUGCAGUGUUGGCAACACAAUCAAGAACAACUGUUGUACUUAUAAUCACAAUCCCAGUACCUGGGAUCAACAAAUUGAAAAUUUGGUGGUUUUAAAUGAAAUAUUUUAGUUUUUGACUGCUACUAAGAUGUUAAUUGAGACAGGCCUUGGAAAUAGAUAAUGUUGUCAGUAUUAUUUCUGUUAAAGUAAGCGGUAUUAUACAUACAUUUCCUGUACAUACAUUAUUUUUGUUCGUAAUGUCUUGUUGUAACUGAUAGGUAUUAUUGCAGCUGUGUAAUUAUAUGAUUUAAAGCUACUUUUUCACAAAUUGAAUGAAAAGUGUUUGUAUCCUUAGAUACAUAAAGGGGUCCUCCAUGGCUGAGUGAUUAAGGUUUAAUCACCAUCCCCUUACCUCUGUAGGUUCAAGUCCUGCACUGAUAGUUUAGUUAGGAAGUCAUCCAGCUAACUUGGUGAAGGUCUGUAAGUUCUACCAUACCCCCUAUACUCUUAGGGCUGUUCUCCAACUUGAAACUCUUGAAAUUCUCCAGAAAGAAAAGAGGUCAAUAACAGUAAACAGUACUAAAGACCAUUUAACAAAAGUCAUGUAGUCUGAUACGUUUGUCUUACUGAAGAUAUGCGAAAGAGUUGCUGUAAAGAAAUAUUCUUAUAUAAUGUAAAUAUGACUUUUCUUGCAAUUUUUCAUGGCCUAAUAUGUCGGUCAUAAAAACACAAGUUCCUAAUCUCUUAUGACUCCAGGUUUCUAGAGUAUAUUUUGAGAUUAAAUGCAUGCAUGUUCUUGCUCCUAGGUUAUAAAUCAGUGUUUGGGUACCUGUGAGUCUCAUUCUGCAACCUUGCCAAUGGUCAGUUUCAAAAUUGUGCUCAAAAACAACCAAUCAAGUACUAGAGUUUAGAGACUGGUCACCAUAACACAGUUUUAUAACCCUUGAACCAGGCCUCACGCAGUCUGCCCCCUGAUUAUUGCUAUUUGUUUACAAAAAGCAGCUGUUUUCUUUAUUUAGAUAUCAACUUGUUACAACUUUAGUUCUAGUUGUUAGCACGAAAAGUUUACAUGUAUGUUUGACUUCGACACUUAAAUACUUCCUGGUUCUUAUCUAUGAUUGGUACUCAGGCAGUCUUUAUCUUGAAAUUUACUGAAAAGGAAAUGUUAAGAGUAGCAGGACAUUAUCUUGAAAAUCUGUGUGAAAUGAUAAACAAACAAAAAUAUAUACUUGAAAUUUAGAAACACUUUACGACUGCUCAUAAAGACUAUAGAUAUGUUAACUUUUGUAUGUGUAAUAUAACAUAAUGAUGCAAAGUUUAGGAGAUUUUCUUCAAUUUAAUUAUAUUAUAUAUAGCAUCAAUGUAUCUAUUAAUGUUCAGGAAGUAAGAUAACUUGUAUUUAUUAGCAUUUGUUCUAUUUUUUGUGUAAUAUUCCACAAGGUUUUCUGUAAAUACUGGCUAAAAAAUGGCCUAAAAAGACUUUGUCCAGCUUUGUUUUUUAACACGCAUGACUAUGUUUGUAUAGCAAUUUAGCCUGUCUCUAAAACACCAUGACAGUUUGAUAUAUAAGAAAGUUUAUUUGUACUACAGACAUAUUUUAAGACUGCUCAUCUCUGUAUAUUGCUAUAAUCAAGUAUGUGUACUUAUAUCAUUUGUUAAUUUCAUUAGGCUAUGAAAAUUACUAGGCUGUCAGAUUUUUGUCAGUAUGAAAGUGGUAUAGGAUCGUGAUAUUGAGAACCAAACUUUAAUUUUAUGUCCUGAGAAAAGUGUAGGCUCCUACUUACUCUUUUAAAGAUUCCUUGUCCCCAUUUCUUCAAUAAAAUAUUUAUUACUCAGGGACUUAUCUAGAACCUUUCAUCAAUUAAAACCUAUUGUUUUUAGUGGGAGAAGUUACAACAUUCAUAGACAUAUGAGCAGAGCUGUCUAAAAUGAAACAUGUUGUUUGAAUGUAUUGUGAUUGUAAAGAGGUAGAGUAGUUUUAAUGUUUGUGGCUUGAUGGGUGAUAGAGGGGUUAAAGUAGCUCACUUUGAUAAGCUCCACUCAAAGGUCACGGUCACAAGGACUGUGAGACUGAAAAUGAUUUCAGCUGAAUAGCUAAAGAAUGCCUUGGUCUACUUUCAUCAAACUUCAUAGGAUGAUUGCCUGUGGUGAGUAGAUGACCCCAAUAGUCUUGGGGGUCACAGUGACCUUGAGACUUCAAACAGUCAAACUUCAUAGGAUGAUUGCCUGUGGUCUGUAGGUGACCGUUAUAUUUCUGGGGUUAGUAGGUCAGUGGCCAAGGUCACAGUGACCUUGAGACUUGAAACAUUUUCCACUCGAUAACUAAACAGUGCUUUGGCAAACAGUGGUCAAACUUGGUAGGAUAAUUGCAUAUGGUUAGUAGAUGUCUUGUUUUGUUUUGGGGGGUCAAAAGACAAGGUUACAGUGACCUCAAUACUGGAAUUUGUUUCAGCUCAAUAACUAAAGAAUGCUUUGGGCAGUCAUCAAAUUUCAUAGGAUUAUUUCCUGUAGUCAAUAGAUGACUCCUAUAAUUGUGUGUAUCAAUAUAUGAAAGGUCA